GCUUGACGGAAGCACAGGGGGCCUGGCAGCUCCCAGGGACAGACAGAGCUGAGGAGACAUUGAGUCCAGAGACAGACGAGCUGAUCCAAGCAGCAAGGGGACCGGCCAUCAACCAUACCUCAGCAGCCAUGGCCUCAGCAGCUCCCAUAGAGCAAAUGUUAGAAGAAGCCACUUGUUCCAUCUGCCUGGAGUAUCUGACAGAGCCGGUGACCAUAGACUGUGGGCACAACUUCUGCCGAGCCUGCAUCACCCAGUACAGUGAGCACAGGGAGUCUGAAUCAGGCACAAUGAUCCUCUGUCCCCAGUGCCGAGAGCCACUCCAGAAAGGGAAACUCCGGUCCAACAGGCAGCUGGCUGAUAUUGUAGAGAACAUAAAAAAACUGGGGUUAAAGCCAGAGAAUGCGCAGAAGGAGAAUCUUUGUGAGAGACAUGAGGAGAAGCUCCAACUCUUCUGUGAGGAGGACGGAGAAGCCAUCUGUGUGAUUUGCAGGGAGUCCCGGGCUCACCGCACUCAUGCUGUGGUCCCCAUAGAGGAGGCUGCCCAGGAUUACAAGGUGAAACUCCAGGAAGCUCUGGGCCCUCUGAGGCAGGAGCUGGAGGAGGCCCUGGAGCGGACAUCUGAAGAGGAGGAGAAAACCACAGAGUGGCAGGAAAAAGUAGAGAAUCGGAGACAGUUGAUCACAUGUCAAUUUAAGAAACUGCACCAGUUUCUGAGUGAGGAAGAGCAGCUGUUACUGCAAGGACUGGCGGAGGAGGAGAGGGAGACUCUGCAGAAACUACAGGACAAUAUAACAAAGCUCUCAGAGCAGAGUGCCACUUUGCAGCAGCUGAUCACAGAGGUAGAAGAGAAAUGCCAGCAAUCAGCUGCUGAGCUGCUGAAGGAUGUGAAAAGCACAUUGAUCAGGAGUGAAAAUGUGACACUCCAGGAACCAGAAGCUGUUUCUCCUGCCCUGAAGAAUGUGUAUAAAAUCUGCCUUGACAUGAAGGAAAUGCUGGAGAGAUUCACCGUGGAUGUGACUCUGGAUCCAGACACGGCUCAUCCCAGCCUCAUCCUGUCUGAGGAUCAGAAAACUGUGACAUACGAAGACAAACAACAGGAUCUGCCUGACAAUCUUAAGAGAUUUGAUACUUAUCCCAUUGUCCUGGGCUUUAACAAAUUGACGGGAGGGAGGCAUUACUGGGAGGUGGAGGUGGGAGACAAAACAAACUGGACUCUGGGGGUUUGUACAGAAUCUGUGACAAGGAAGGGGAAUAUCUACCUAUCACCUGAGAAUGGGUUCUGGACAGUGUGUCUGAGAUAUGAGGAAUAUAAGGCCCUCACGUCCCAUUUGACUCCACUGUCCAUGAGUGUCAGGCCUAGACGAGUGGGGAUUUUCCUGGACUAUGAUGUGGGUGAGGUCUCAUUUUACAAUGUGACUGACAAGUCCCAUCUCUUCACUUUCACUGACACCUUCUCCGGGACGCUCCACCCUUAUUUUUAUACUGGUUACAAAGAGGGGUUUAGAAACACAUCUCCCUUGAUAAUCUGCCCAGUCCCUGCUCAGGCUGGAGGGAAUCUCUGUGCCUGACAGUGACACCCAUGGAGAAGCCUGUCCCCUCCCAGCGCUGACCAGCCCCCAGGUGUGUUCCCAUAGGGAUGGUCUAGGGCAUCACCUGCCUGCCACCGCCUCCCCCCCAGUUCCCAGCACCAAGCCUGUGAGCUAGGGUAGAGGAGAGGGGCAGAGGGGGGAUGUAGGCUGCUGGGUUGUGGGCGUGCAGAGGCAGAGAUGUGUGUAGAUACAAUGUCAGGGGUGGCUGCUGUUGCUGAUGUAAGGGGGACUGUUGUCCCCUUACUGAAACUUAGUGGGGAUUUUUGGUUGGCGCUCUCCCAGUACCAGAAGAAAGGGGAAGUGCAGAUGAGAAACCAGGACCUUGGACUGACAGUCCCCAGGGCCAAUGGGGAGAGGCAAAUGCUCCAGGUCAACCUGAUUGACAACGCAGGCAGGCCAAUGAGGGAGUAAGGAGUGCGGGGUCCCAUCCUCUGUCUGCCCAGAGGGGCUGAACUAGAGCCACAACAGCCAGAACGAGAGAAGCAGCCCAGGGAUCAGAGCUGGAGGCAGAACACCAGCAAUGCUGAGGCACAGUGAAGAUGGGGCUGGAGCAGUCCGGAGCUGGGUGUGGUGAGCAGCUGGGAAGAGCGAGGGGGACCCUGGGCAGUGGGCCCAGCACAGGGAGACCCCACCAGCCAAGAGGCCUUGCAGGCCAGAACUGACAGUGAACCAUAACCCUGAUGCGGGGGCCGAUGCUGGGGAGAAGGGUUCUGCCACCUAGAGCCUGAGGGUGUGUGGCCAUUG